ACCGUGGUGUAUCUGUACAACCAAGGGCUGUCGGGGACGAUCCCUCCGCAGCUGGGCGACAUCUCGCAGCUGGUGUACCUUAGUCUGUACAGCAACUCCAUCUCGGGCACCAUCCCUGCGGAGACCAGCAAGCUCUCGCAGCUGGGUGGGCUUUACCUGGGCCGCAACUCCAUCUCGGGCACCAUCCCUCCGGAGACGAGCAAGCUCUCGCAGCUGGAGCACCUGGGGCUGGGCAGCAACGCCAUCUCGGGCAUCAUCCCUCCAGAACAGACAAGCAAGCUGAAGUAUCUUGACCUGUCUGACAAUGACAUCUCCGGCACCGUGCCGUCG